AUGGGCAUCACCGACUACCUCUCGGAGCUCUACGACUCGGUAACCUCGUCAUUUACAACUGAGGCCCACGCUGAGGCGCCGGCAGAGGACGAUAAGGACUCUGGUGAGGGCGAGGACGAGAGCGAAGGCGAAAAGGAGGAGUCUGGAGACGGGGAAGAGGGUGCCGAGGAGGAGGAAGAAGAGGAAGAAGAAGAGGAAGAGGAAGAGGAGCCUGAGGAUAUUAAGCCCAAGCUUGAAGAGGAGUGCGCGCGGUCCUCCCAGUGCGUCGGCUUCAAGCACCACUUUGACGAGUGCGUCGAGCGCGUCACAUCGGCAUCGGAAGACGCAGAUUCGCAGGGCCCCAAGGAAGAUUGCGUCGAAGAGUUUUUCCAUCUACAGCACUGCGCCGCUCAAUGUGCCGCACCCAAGCUGUUCAAGCAGCUCAAGUAA